AUGGCUGUGACGCAGGGCGACCUUCUGGUCCUCAUGAGCCGGUCUGGCUUCGCGAACCGCUUGCUUGGGGAGCUACUGGGCGACUGGCGAAGCCGACUGUCCCUUUGCAAGACUAUCCUCGGGCCGACUGGCGACGCCGAGCUGAAGGUGGACGAUCUGGACACCUUCUUCGCUAUCGAGGCCCAGGCCAUGCUGAAAGCGAGGGCUCUUCUCGGGAUUGAUGCUGACGGCUCCGCCAGCGAGGCCGAGGGGCAGGACCCAGAGGAGCAGAUCACCCUGCUCGAAGCGAGGGCACUUCUUGGUAUUGACGCUGACGACUCUGCCAGCGAAGCCGAGGAGCAGGACCCAGCGGAGGAAGACGACGACCUCUUCGCGGCCAAGCUGGCCGAAGCGAGGGCACUUCUUGGCAUUGACGCUGACGACUCCGCCAGCGAAGCCGAGGGGCAGGACGACGACGUCGAUGCCGACGCGGCAUAUGAGGCCGCACUGGCCGAAGCGAGAGCUCUUUUCGAGCUCGACGACGACCUCUUCGCGGCUAAGCUGACCGACGACGAGCCCCGCGAGGUCGCUGUCGAGAACGGCGACGGCGCCCAGAAGGUCCCCGUGAGAGUGGCGUGGGCCGACCUCGAGGAUUCCCCGAGCGAGUAUGACGAGGAGUGGGAGCAGGUGCACGCGCGCGAUUGGGCGAAGGUGGCCACCACGAGCCACCUUCCAGCGGCGAAGGCAGCCGACCCUCCGGAGCAAAGCCGGCGCGCCGCCACACGGCGUACACAGCGGCCGCGGCGCCGGCGCCGAGCUGCCGCCCAGCCCGCAUCGUGA